UGCACUGCUCAUGGUGUACAGCUCCUGCACAACAGUCAAAGGUUUAUAUGAAUAAAAUAAUCGCACAGGCAUGCAUGCACACAACAGGGAACCUUUGGAUAUUUCAACCAGAGAUCCUGAGGAUGACUUUGAAUUACUCCAGAGAGUCGGUGGAGGAACUUAUGGUGAAGUUUUUAAGGCAAGGAAUAAAGAAACAGGAGAGCUGUCUGCAAUAAAAAUUGUUAAAAUGGAGCCAGAUGAUGACUUCUCAGUAAUACAGCAGGAGAUUGUGAUGGUCAGAAGCUGCAAGCACAGUAAUAUUGUGGCCUACUAUGGGAGCUACUUUAGGUUUAACAAGCUAUGGAUCUGUAUGGAAUUCUGCGGAGGAGGAUCCUUGCAGGAUAUUUACCAUGUGACUGGCCCUCUCACAGAGCAGCAGAUUGCAUACGUAUGCAGGGAAAUGUUACAGGGUUUAGAGUACCUACACAAGCAAGGGAAGAUCCAUCGAGACAUCAAGGGGGCAAAUAUUCUACUAAAUGAUAAUGGAGAAGUCAAAUUAGCUGAUUUUGGCAUUGCAGCACAAAUCACAGCUACUUUGUGUAAAAGAAUGUCUUUCAUAGGAACACCAUAUUGGAUGGCACCUGAAGUUGCAGCAGUAGAAAUGAAAGGCGGGUACAAUGAACUCUGUGACAUCUGGUCAGUUGGGAUCACUGCUAUAGAACUAGCUGAACUGCAGCCUCCUAUGUUUGAUGUCCAUCCUCUGAGGGUGCUUGUUCUAAUGGCAAAAAGUGGGUAUCAGCCUCCAAAGCUGAAGGAUAAAACCAAGUGGGGUACAACAUUUCAUAAUUUUGUUAAAGUUACACUUACCAAGAACCCGAAGAAAAGGCCCAGUGCUUACAAAAUGUUAUCGCACCAGUUUGUGUGUCAGGCUGGCCUGAGCAAAUCUUUAGCUAAUGAAUUACUAGAGAAAAUGAAGAAUCCAGAGAAGCAUGCUGCGUACAUGGAACUAGAGGAAGAAGAGCCUGAGGCACCGCCAACCAUUCCUCGAAGGAUACACUCCACAAAUCGACAUGCCAUAGCAGAAAGAUCAGAUUCAGAUAUAAAAUUGCAACAGGUCCAGCAGACUACGAAGAAUAACUCAGGCACAUACUACAAUCUGGACUACAAAGUAGAAAGCAAUUACCCCAGUUCGAGAAAUAGUAAAGGAUCUUGCAGCAGUACCAGAGAUGACCAGUCUGAUUCUGACAAUGAUUAUGAUGAUGUUGACAUACCAAUGAGAUUUCCCAGUAAAAGCAGCACCAUCCCUGUUGAUGAUGUCCCUCCUCCACUGCCUCCAAAGCCAAAAUUCCGUACAGGUUCUGAAGAGAGUGUAACAGAUGAAGAGAGAUCGGGAACAGUCAUACAGAAUCCGCUUUAUUCAAAUGUUUCUGCUCCAUUAGUCAGGUCUUCCAGUGGCCCACCUGUACCAAGAAGAUCUGAUUAUUCCCCACAAGUCAACAUGAGGGGUUCAAAUACUUCUCUCAACUCAGAUCCGUCAUCCUUGUCUACUCAGCAGUAUGAACAGCAACCACCAUUACUACCUCGGAAGAAGGACAAAUCAAGGAAGUUACCCAGUGAGAAUGAUUCACCAGCUCCAUCAAAAGCACCUAAUGGUGCCAAUUUUAAGAAAAUUUUUAAUGGCUGUCCAUUGAAGAUACAUUCAACCACAUCUUGGAGUCAGCCCUCCACCAAAGAUGAGCACCUAAUACUGGGAGCAGAGGAAGGCAUUUUCACAUUAAAUUUAUCAGAAAGUGAAGCUGUGCUAGAACUGAUAGUACCAGGGAAGUGCACCUGGGUUUACUGCAUCAGCAACACUUUAAUGUCCAUCACAGGAAAAUCGCCUCAUCUCUUUUCGCACAACCUGCUAGAACUUUGUGCUAAAAAGGAAUCGAGAUCCAUGAUUCAUAUACCAACACACAGACUGCUGCAUAAAAAAGCUGCAGCAACUACAAAGAUUCCAGACACAAAGGGCUGCAGAAUGUGCUCAGUGGUGAAUAAUAAAGACAAUGGAUCCUGUUAUCUAUGUGGGGCACUGGAGUCCAGUGUAAUAUUGCUACAGUGGUAUGAACCUAUGCAGAAGUUCCUGCUUGUAAGGAACUUUGACUUUCCAUUACCCAAUCCUUUGAAGGUAUUUGAAUUGUUGGUGAUACCAAAGCAAGAAUACCCUGUUGUUUGCAUUGGAGUAAAUAAGGGCACAUCUCCUAAUCAAGUAGUUCGGUUUGAAACCAUCAACCUUAACUCAGCGUCCUCUUGGUUUACUGAAACAGGAGCUGGACACUCCCAGGCAGGCUCUGUGAAGAUGAUUCAGAUCGAUGCUGACAGUAUUCUAAUAAUGCAGGACAACAGUGUAAAAAUUGUAACUCUUCAGGGAACUCUACAAAGUACAUUUCCAGUUCCAGAAAUAGUCUUUGACUUCUUUGUGGAAUCAGCAGUUUAUCAUGAAGACAGAAUUCUUGUAUUCUGGAAACAUGGCAUACAGACUCGAGGGCUCAGAUCAGCUGAGAUUCUUCAUGAUCUGAUUGACAGGAACAAAAUAUUCCGCCUCAUAGGCUCUGACAGACUGAUUAUCCUGGAAAAUAGGAAAGUGGAGGAUCAGUCUGGUAACAGCAACCUCUUCAUUCAGUAACGUGAACACUGAAACUUAAUGUCUUCAUACUUUCAUUAGUAUCCAUGAAAAUCUAGGCUUCCUCUAUAAGGACCUUGGAAUCAUUGAUUUCAUAUUGUUGGUUCACUAUCUGCCUACCAAAUCUGAGAUGCAUGUGGAGUUUGCUAACUGCUUUAAAGACUGCCAAAAAAGUAUCCAUUUUGCAAGAUGUAAAUGUAAAAUUGUUAUUGGUGAACAUCUGUUACAGACAAAGCUACUUCAAAAAAAUCUGAAUAUGAGAGCUGGGUACAAAGUGCAGCAUAUAUUGGGAUAGAAGGUCGUAAACCUGCUUACUGUAUUUAAAGCUUGAUGCUUUGAAAGCAUCUGCAAAACCAAGCUAAAGCAGACCUCUGAAAAUAACAUUUCCUUUUAAUGUUAUUUUAUACAAAACAUUCAAGUACAUUCAGAGGAAUCGAGAAACAUUCCAACCAUUACCCAUGUUUGGAGACUGUCAGAGGAGUAUUAUGUUGGAUACUUAUUACAUUGUGAUAUAAAUUGUUGAGCCUGCAUUAUAUUUUCCAGGACUGAUUAGGAAGUAUAUUUUCCUUCCCUGUGUGUUUAGUAUUAUCCAAGUGGUUGGUGUAUGUUUAUACUGGAUUAAGACAACAAUGUGGUUAAUAGUAGCCACAUAAUUCACCUGAUAUUAUGUAUUUUCAUUCGUGAUGUUUUAAGUUACAGAGAAAAUUAAACUUCCGAAAUCACAGAAUUA